CAUGUUUGGUUACUUAUUUACAUUUAUAACGUACAACGUUUAACGUAAUUUAUCUUCAUACCUGUUAUAAGCAUGGUUAAGAUAUGCGUUGGGUGCUGUGUACUAAAGCAAUAUAAUUAAUAAAGAAAUGGAAUUAGAAAAUUCACAUUAAUUGAUAUUUUGCUUUUAUAGCUAUUUUAUCAUAAUGAUAAGUAAAAUGACAGAUCAGAUACAAACAAAGUUUAUUGUUGUUGUAAUAUUUGUUGUUUUAUACUUCAUCAGUUUUUGGCUUCUAACUAUUGGAUACUUUACACCAUAUUGGUUAUUGAUUGACUUAUCAUCAGGGGACUUUGAUAAUGAUUGGAAUGCUGAUCAUUUAAGCGAUCGUUUGGGAGACUAUAACUGCAGCAGCAUCGGACUGGUAAAGCCAACAUAUAACUGUGAUGUCUUUGUCCUAGACUGGUUUGAGCAAAGAAAUGAACAUGGUAUAACCAGGAUAUUAGGGAAUACCUUUAUACUAAUGACGACAGCUGUUGUAGUGGUGUAUACAAACUCAUUGAUGCUAAUAACAACCGUCGUGUUUGACUUAUUUGGUCAAUCUCUUUACAUGUCUCUGUUGUCAAUUUCACUCGGAGUCUUCUAUCCUAUUGCCGCUUUACUUACCUUAGUGGGGUCUAUAUAUGUGGAAACAUCUUACAUGUCAGACACUGGAUUUUCAGCCAUGUUAUGUACUACAGCUGGAUCUCUUAUGUUAAUAGUUUACACUGGUUUUAUUUUGUAUGACCAGAAAUACAUUAAACAUGACAGGUUAUCAAACGUGAAGGUGCAGAAGUGUAAACAUAUAUCGUCAAACGCAAACAGAAGAAGUCAGACGACGACAUCCGCUUUCGUUCGAAAAUAAAUUUCAAAGUGAUGUUAAAUUACUUUAACAAAAUGUAAUCAAUGUUCAUUGAAUCACUACACAUGAUGUUCGGUGUGUUUUCACGGUUACCUAAGUUGAAAUCAGCGAUAUAUAUUUCUAGGAUGUGGCCAGUUUUCGUGUGUUUUUUAAGUUGACCAUCCAGCCCUAAAGCUGAGUUAUCUGCAUCAAAAAACAGGUGGUUGAUAGUAUCUGCUGAUCUCUUGUAAAGUAAUUUGAAUUUCCAAAAUAUUCUAAGUAUUUUGUUUCGUAAAACGGUAUUAUCAGUGUUGUUCAACGAGUGUGUGUCCACGACAGUACAUAAACAGACUCAAUCAAACUGCGCUUGCAAUAGUGAUGGACAAAUCGGUUAUAUUUGCCAACCGAUUAAUCGGAACAAUCGGAUAAGCCAACCGAUUCAAUAAAUUGGACAUUAUCGGAUAAUCGGUUAUUCAUAACUUAUUUUAGUUGCGUAUCUGUAAGUUAACCUUUAACUUUGUUUUACACAUACACAAUGUCAUUUGAAGUACUUAAGAAAUAA